UUAGAGGUUACACAACCUGUAGUAAAGUAGCUUUGCUAACCAGUGAGCUAACGUAGCUUCUCCGAUACGACAUGAACGCUAUUGAUGGCUUCAGUCUCACACAGUAAAGGCUCUAACUUCACCCAGUGAAACCGCAGGCUGUUGUGAUGUCAGAGCCUAAGCCCCCUACUCCUACCGGUGGAGACACAUACAAAGGUUGGCUCUUCAAAUGGACCAACUACAUAAAAGGUUACCAGAGACGCUGGUUUGUUCUAAGCAAUGGACUGCUGUCUUAUUACAGGACUCAGGCAGAGAUGGGUCACACGUGCCGAGGCACCAUCAACUUGGCCACGGCCAACAUUGCUGUGGAGGACUCGUGCAAUUUUGUCAUUUCCAACGGAGGAGCACAGACCUACCACCUGAAGGCCAACUCAGAAGUAGAGCGCCAGCGCUGGAUCACUGCUCUGGAGCUCGCCAAGGCAAAGGCCGUCCACAUGCAGGCCGAGUCAGAUGACUCAGGUGAUGAAUGCCCUGCAGUGCCCCCAACCCCAGGACAGGGUGGAGGCCGUAACUCAGAAGUCCAAUCUACGCUACGCACACUAAACAGCAAGGUGGAGGACCUCAACACCUGCAAUGAUCUCAUUGUCAAGCAUGGGUCUGCCCUCCAAAGGUCUUUGUCAGAACUGGAGGGGAUUCGUGCAGGAGGGGACAUGGGUGAAAAGGUCAGACAAGUUACAGAGAGGGCGACACUGUUUCGAAUCACCUCUAAUGCUAUGAUCAAUGCUUGUAGAGACUUCCUCUCCCUGGCUCAGAGCCACAGUAAGCGCUGGCAGAAGGCCUUACAGGUUGAACGGGACCAGAGGAUAAGGUUGGAGGAGACUCUUGAGCAACUGGCCAAACAGCACAACCAUUUGGAAAGAGCUUUCAGAGGAGCAACAGUUCUCCCUCCUUCAUUCAGCAAUCCCUCCUUAGGUAACAAAGGUGGUGCUUCAGGAAAAGGAGAUGCCAGUGACGAGGAUGAUGAAAAUGAGUUCUUUGAUGCUAUGGAAGAUCCAGCAGAGUUUAUUACUGUCCCCGCUGAUCCCAAAUAUCACAGGAGAUCUGGCAGCAACGUUAGUGGGCUCAGCAAUGAGACUGGAAUGGACGAUCAGUCUGUAAAUUUCGAUGAACUGUCGUUGGCAUCCAAUCCGGAGUCUCCACAGCCGCUUGAGCUAGAACCAGUUAGACAAAGACGAACUCGUAUCCCUGACAAGCCUAACUAUUACCUCAAUUUGUGGAGCAUCAUGAAGAAUUGUAUUGGAAAGGAGCUCUCAAAGAUACCAAUGCCUGUUAAUUUCAACGAGCCCCUCUCAAUGCUGCAACGUCUGUCUGAAGACCUGGAGUACUAUGAGCUGCUGGAUAAGGGUGCUAAAUGUCAGAGCUCUCUAGAGCAGAUGUGUUAUGUGGCUGCUUUCACAGUCUCUUCCUACUCCACCACUGUCCACCGAACAGGGAAACCCUUCAAUCCCUUGCUGGGAGAAACUUUUGAGCUGGAUCGGCUAAAAGACUGUGGCUACCGUUCCCUCUGUGAGCAGGUGAGUCACCACCCACCUGCUGCAGCUCAUCACGCCAUGUCUGAAAAGGGCUGGAGCCUCAGGCAAGAAAUUACCCUGGCCAGCAAGUUUAGGGGAAAAUAUCUUUCUAUCAUGCCCUUAGGUUCUAUUCAGUGCAUAUUUGAGAAGAGUAACAAUCACUACUCUUGGAAGAAAGUGACUACAACAGUACACAACAUUAUUGUGGGGAAACUAUGGAUUGAUCAGUCAGGGGAGAUAGAUGUGGUGAACCACAAGACAGGCGAUCGUUGCCACCUCAAGUUUGCUCCCUACAGUUACUUCUCCAGGGAUGUACCAAGAAAGGUUACGGGAGUUGUAACAGAUAAGGAUGGGAAAGCCCAUUACGUGCUGUCAGGGACCUGGGAUGAGAAGAUGGAGUUUUCCAGGAUAAUGCAGAGCAGCAAAGGCGAGAACGGCACUGAAGGCAAACAGAGAACCGUAUAUCAGACCCUCAAAGCCAAAGAAAUCUGGAAAAAGAAUCCUUUACCAGAGGGAGCAGAGAACAUGUACUUCUUCUCCACACUGGCCUUGACACUCAAUGAACCUGAAGAGGGAGUCGCGCCAACAGACAGUCGACGGCGCCCUGACCAGCGGUUAAUGGAGGAUGGCCGCUGGGACGAGGCCAACGCAGAGAAACAGAGGCUUGAAGAGAAACAGCGCACGAACCGGCGGGAGCGGGAGAGGGAGGCAAUUAAAGCAGCCAGCUCACCCGAGGAAGGCGCCCAUCAAGACAAUCAUCAAGCACUGUGGUUUGAGAAGUUAGACGAUCCCGUAUCUGGAGAGACCCUGCAUGUCUACAAGGGAGGCUACUGGGAGACAAAGGACAGCGGCAGCUGGGACCUGUGUCCUGAUAUCUUCUGAUCACAGCCAAAUUAGCCUGUUCCAUCAGAGGUGUACAACAUCAACAAAUUAGAAGAUAGUGAGGAGCCUUUCCUUUACAUCAGCCAGAGUCAGGAAACAAGCUUGACAUCAGCCUCAACCUUUUCCCUAUCCCAGCAGAGAUUUGCUCAAGCCCCUUCUCAGGACCAAGGUCUGGACUUGUUUCUUCUCUUCACCCUCGACAUAAACUCUGUGUCCAUCGUAGCUGUGUUAGCGCUCAGAAUUCCCUCUCACUGCCACUCCAGUGCUGAUUUGUAUCGUGUUGUCACCGCUGCAGUCUUUGGUGCAGCCUUUACCUUGCAUUUUGUAAUUCAGUUUCUUUAGCAACACUAUUAAGAAAGGUAUUUGCUUAUUGUGAGACAAUAAGCAAAGUUUUGCUUAAAUAGAAAGACCUGAUCUGUAAUUUCUUCGCUUGUUUAUGGCGUACAUCCCUGACAUGAUGAUUUUUUGCAAAGAAUUUAAUGAAACUUCAUAGAAGUCCGCAGCCCAGCACCACUGCAAGUCAAAGUUUAUUCAGUCUAUUCAGUAAAUAUUCACUAUAUCAGUUUCAGAUCAUGCAGAUAGGCACAGCUUGCAUAGGCUUCACUGGUUCUGACAAAAACAGAGAUGAUCAUUGUUUGUUUUUUGGUUAAGAAAGUACGGUAUGGCCAAGUUAAACAAUUAUUUUAGACCGGUACAAAAUGUGAAAUGUCAGAAACACUGAAACUUAAUACAGAGUUUGCCUUGGAGUUAAUCUUAAUUUGUGGUGCUACUUUAUUCCCUAAAGUGAAACAACAACUCUGGAGGUACAUUAUGUCUACACAAUAGCCUUUUUUUCAUUUUUGCACUCCACUAGGACAUUUCUUCUUUUUGAUUUUCUUUCUCACCUGAUUCAAAAAUUUGAGGAAAAUACAUGCAAGUGUUGAAGAGACAUCAAAUUAGAAGUCGUUCAUGAUGAUUAUGCCACCCCUCUGAGAAUCCAUAGUUGUGCAUCUGAAAUGGCUCCAUACAUUGUUCUUUAUAUGUCUUUCGACUUUCUUUUCCUCUAUAGAAGAAUGAUAUUUCUUUUUUUCUACUUUUUUAAUGACAUUCCUGUAUGUAGCACAAUAAUUCUAACAGAACACUGUAUAUGGUCUUUAUUUAAUAUGAUAAAAUAUUGAAUACAGUAUGAAAUGAAUUAGUGGUACUAAACAAUCUUGUAUUAGUACCAAUAAAAUAAAUAGAAUAUAUGAAAAAUACCACUGACACUACUGCUAACAAUGUGGUGAAAAAACAUUUGAAUUAAAUUAUGUUAGAUAGAUUGUAUUUGAUUUACUUUAAUCCUCAUGUUUGCGAUCAAUCGUGUUAGAAAGUCCACUGUGCUUCUCUACUCAAGUACCUGAAUUUCACACCUGUCUUCUACCUAAAGUUUGUGCUCUUAUUAAAACUUUGAUCAACCAUUUCAACACCCAUCAAUUCUGCUUUCAAAAUAAAUGUUGAGUUUGAGAUUUAUCUACUAGCUGCAGAGUCGUGCUCCCACUCGGCGCUGAUUUGCGUGCUGAUUUAUGCUGGUUUAAUGAUAAAGCAACGAGAGCGGAAAUGUAAGGCAAGAGUUUUUUUGUCUUCCUGACUUCCAUCAAACUCGCUGAUUCUAGCUUUAAUCAAUUGACGUAGGUUAUUUUAGUCUUUGUGUGCUGCAGGUGUAGACUUUCAACCGACAGCAAUAAGAGUGCCUCGUUGUGACGUGGCGCAAAAUUAAACAUGAAGAAGGCGUGAAGUUAGAAUGCUAAAACUGCAAAAAUUGAAUUUUGUCAUUGUGUUUGUUAUCUGUGAUAUGAAUGAAAGGACUGUAUGGCUGAAAAUCUAAAUUUCAUGUUAUAUUCAAGUGUACUUAAAAUACAACACUGAAAUUAAGAUCACAAAACACAACAUUGCAAAUAUUUCUGUGUAAAUAUAUUAAAUAGUUGAAGUAAUUGUGAUUUUAACUGGUAAAGCUGAUAGAGAGAAUCUAAUUGCAGCAAUGCACUUUUUUUAUUUCAAUUUUUUGUUGUUUUUUUUUUCUCAUUGUUGUUCAGAACUUGAUGCAUUUUACUUCCCUGA